GAAAAACCCGAAGCGAAACACGUAGAUAAGAGGGGAGAAGAAAACAGAGGGAGAGGAAAACCGGAAAAUGGCGUCCUUAUCUCUUAAAACCCCUUUCGUCCCCUCCCUCUCUUCCCCCAGCCCCAGGUCCCAACCCAAGCAGGACCUCGGGUUUGGCCGGUGGUCGUGCCGGAAACAGGGGAUCCACCCCGAGUUCUUUGAGGACGCCAAGGUUUACUGCAACGGUGAGCUGGUGAUGACGACGGGUGGGACCCAGAAGGAGUACUCGGUCGACAUGUGGUCAGGGAACCACCCUUUCUAUUUGGGGAACAGGUCGGGGAUGCUCCAGGAUGACGACCAGGUUGAGAAGUUCCGGAAGAAGUACGGGGAGCUCUCGGACCUGAUGGAGAUCCCCGUGCUGAAGGGGGAGAUCGUGCUUCCGACGAAGAAGAGGGCGGCCAAAGGGAAGGGGAAGAAGUAGGAUGGGUUUAUGGUAUAGUCUCUUCAGUCCUUGUUUUUGGUGCAUUUCGAUGCUAGUUUGUGAUGGAUGCAUUUCGUUGCUAGUUAGUGUUGAUAAUCUAUUUUCUCAAUGCUGGAAUUUAAGAUAUUGUUUUAAGUAAGAGUUGUGGAAUUUUCGUACUGGUUAUUAUGUCGCUAGAUUGAAAAAAAAAACGUCUUUUAUGUCAGUUUUUUUUAAUUUGUUACUA